GUAUUAAAGGGUUUUCCUGAAUGUCUUCAAGCAGACAUCUGUCUCCACCUAAACAGAAAUCUCUUAGAAAACACUUCAGCCUUUAAAGGUGCACCUCCAGGCUGUCUACGAGCACUUUCCAUGAAAUUUAAGACGACGCAUGCGCCCUCUGGAGAUAAUUUAGUACAUCGCGGAGAUGUGUUAACGGCGUUAUUCUUCAUAUCCAGAGGAACAAUAGAAAUAUUAAAAGAUAACGUUGUGAUGGCUAUACUAGGGAAGGACGAUGUGUUUGGGGAGAAUCCAUGUAGUUAUUCUACUGUUGGUAAAUCCAGUUGUAAAGUGCGUGCCUUGACUUACUGUGAUCUUCAUAAGAUUUUUCGCGAUGACCUUCUAGAUGUUUUACAGAUGUAUCCAGAAUUCUUCGAGACUUUUUCCAGUAAUCUGGAGAUAACAUUUAAUCUGAGAGAC